AUGGAGGUGAGAAAGAAGAGUACUCUCGAGCACCGUCGUGCGCAGAAUCGGUUGGCUCAGCGCAGGUUCCGUCAACGUCAGAGCCAGCAGAAGGCCAAUGCAGAUCAACCUCAGCAGACGCAGACCCUAGAGCCACCCAUAGCGACGACCGAUGACCCAUCUGAUAUUUUCAAUUUCUCGUCUCGAACCAGAUCGACACACAGCCCUGUCAAAUCCCCGCCCGGGUUUGGCGUCAACUGCCUACAAGGCGGCGCCAAUGGACUGAUCGGCAUCCAAAAUUUCAUAAGCAUGGACGACUUAAUGAAUUCAUCCCUGUCAAGUCUCCUUGCAGACCCGUCACCAGGAAUAUCUAACACCGAUUCCGCUAAGCAUACCCUCUUCGGUAGCGAUCGAGACUCCAUCCACAAGCAUCCAGGCUCCCUAGCAAGCACAGUCGGAAGCAGCAGCACUCACAGAACAACAUCAGAUAUUUUCGACACAAACUUCCUAUCGAAACCGCUAAUAGAUGACUCAACACCCGCCAGUGCUAGGAGUGUCAGCACACUCCCUCCCGGGACAGCAAAAGCCCACGACGCAGACUCAGGCUGGCUGUCUGCACUUCAUAUAGCCGCACAGAAGGGACACCAUCGGAUCAUGCGCGUGCUCCUCCAGCAGAAUAUCGACUGCGAUGAGAUGGACAGCGACGGCUUACGCCCUUAA